AUGCGUGUGGCAAUCGUGGUUGUUGUGGCCUGCGGUGCCCUGGUCGGGGCACAGUUCAACCCCCAUCAGUGGGCCGACCGGAGUGGCAUCGUGCACCUGUUCGAGUGGAAGUGGGACGACAUUGCGCGGGAGUGUGAGACGUUCCUGGCCCCGCGAGGUUACGCCGGCGUGCAGGUGUCCCCGCCGACCGAGAAUGCCAUCAUCGGCGGUAGCUUCCGGCGGCCGUGGUGGGAGCGUUAUCAGCCAAUGUCCUACCGGCUCAUAACCCGCUCCGGCAACGAGGCGCAGUUCGCGUCCAUGGUCCGCCGGUGCAACGAUGUCGGGGUGCGCAUCUACGUUGAUCUGGUCAUCAACCACAUGGCGGACAUGGUCGGCGAGGGUGGCACAGCGGGAAGUACGGCCGUCCGGUCCGACUUCUCCUUCCCCGGGGUGCCCUACAGCCGGCUGGACUUCAACGCUCCGUGCCUCAUCACGAACUACCAGGAUCCGGUCGAGGUGCGCAACUGUCAGCUGGUGAACCUGCCGGAUCUGAACCAGGGUGUCGAGUGGGUCCGCCAUCGUAUUGUGGACCUGAUGAACCACCUGAUCAGCUUGGGAGUGGCCGGGUUCCGCGUGGACGCCGUCAAGCAUAUGUGGCCGCAGGAACUGGAGCUGAUCUACAACGGCAUGCACGACCUGCCGACUUCGCACGGAUUCCCGGCCGGCUCUAGACCGUUCCUCACGCAGGAGGUGAUCGAUCUGGGUGGUGAGGCUGUGACGCGCGAGAUGUACACGCACCUCGGCACGAUCACCGAGUUCCGGCAUUCGGCCGAGAUCGGACGUGUCUUCCGGGGCCGGAACCCGUUCCGGCAUCUGACCAACUGGGGUACGGGCUGGGGAUUCCUACCCUCCCACCUGGCCCUGGUGUUCGUCGACAAUCACGACAAUCAGCGAGGCCACGGCGGUGGUGGCGCGGACGUGCUCACCCACAAGGACUUCCGCAGCUACAAGAUGGCGACCGCCUUCAUGUUGGCCCACCCGUUCGGUAUCGUGCGGGUGAUGAGUUCGUUUUCGUUCACCGACACCGAGCAGGGACCGCCGCAGGAUGCCGCCGGUAAUCUGGUGUCGCCUACGUUCAACCCGGACAAUAGCUGCGGUUCCGGAUGGGUGUGCGAGCACCGGUGGCGCCAGAUCUACAAUAUGAUCGGCUUCCGGAACGCCGUCUCUGGCACGGGGCUGAACGAUUGGUGGGACAACGGCAACUACCAGAUGGCGUUCUGCAGGGGUGGCCGUGGAUUUAUCGCCUUCAACCUGGAGUCGUUCGAUCUGAACCAGAACCUGCAGACCUGUCUGCCGGCCGGCAUCUACUGUGACGUGAUUUCGGGCGAUCUGGUGAACGGUGCGUGCACUGGUAGCAGUAUCACGGUCGGUGGCGAUGGCCGGGCCCAGAUCGUGCUGCCGGCCAACGCAUACGACGGUGUCCUGGCGAUCCACGCCAACUCCCGUGUUUGA